CCCCUGCAGCACUCAUCCCCCAGGGGACGGCCAGCACGUCCCAGCGGCAUGGGGAAGCAGAACAGCAAACUGCGUCCUGAGAUGCUCCAAGACCUGCGGGAAAACACCGAGUUCUCCGACCUGGAGCUGCAGGGCUGGUACAAAGGUUUCCUGAAGGACUGUCCCUCGGGCAUCCUCAACGUGGAGGAGUUCAAGAAGAUCUAUGCCAACUUCUUCCCCUACGGUGAUGCCUCCAAGUUCGCCGAGCACGUCUUCCGCACCUUCGACACCAACGGCGACGGCACCAUCGACUUCCGAGAGUUCAUCAUCGCCCUGAGCGUCACCUCCCGCGGGAAGCUGGAGCAGAAGCUCAUGUGGGCCUUCAGCAUGUACGACUUGGAUGGCAACGGCUACAUCAGUCGGGAGGAGAUGCUGGAAAUUGUGCAGGCCAUCUACAAAAUGGUUUCCUCUGUGAUGAACAUGCCUGAAGAUGAAUCGACUCCAGAGAAAAGAACGGAAAAAAUCUUCCGACAGAUGGAUACUAAUAAUGAUGGCAAGCUCUCGCUGGAGGAGUUCAUCAAAGGUGCCAAGAGCGACCCGUCCAUCGUGCGCCUGCUGCAGUGUGACCCCAGCGGCGCCGCGCAGCUCUGAGCCCCAUGGACCCCCACAGCCCCCCCCCCCAGUCCCCAUGGCCCCAUGUCACCCCUUCACCCUGCAGCUGGUCACUGCCUCUAUCCCCUGCCCGGCCCCCGCGGUCCCCAGCACCCGUGCCCCCAC